GGCCUGCUCCCGCCAUGGACGAUUUGGUGCUCAACGUGGACUUCACCGCCCCCGAGCACCGCCCGAAGAAGGAGCCGGGGAACCUAAAGCACCAGCGCUUCGUGCGGCGGCGGCGAGAGUUGGAGCGCCGGGGGGUCCUGCGGCAGAAGCAGCUCCCGGCGACACUGGGCAGACCCCUGCGGGCCCCAGGACGGGGGACCGGGGGGACCGGGGGCGGCCCGAGGAAGCCACGCUCGGGCCAGCCCAGGUCGUGCCCCAAAGAGAACGGCCAUGCCGCCGCCGCCCCCCGAUGCCCCGCGGUCUCCCGGAACGGCCCCAGUAGGACUGAUGCUUCCGCUAAGACCAAGGGGAAGAGUCGGGGGACGGCUCGGGGCUCUGCCAGCACUGUCGGAGACUCCCCAGCAUCCCAGAACGACUCUAGUGGAACUGGUGAUCCCGCUAAGACCAAAGGGAAGGGUCGGGGGGCACCUCGGGGCACCUCCAAGACCGACGGUGCCCCGCCGGCGCCCUCCAAGCUGGUGGCCCUGGACUGUGAGAUGGUGGGCACGGGGCCCGGCGGGCGCACGAGCGCCCUGGCCCGGUGCAGCAUCGUCACCUACGAGGGUGAUGUCGUGUACGAUCAGUACGUGCGGCCCGAGGCGCCCAUCGUGGAUUACCGGACCCGCUGGAGCGGGAUCCGCCCGCGGCACAUGGCCAACGCCGUGCCCUUCCGCAGGGCACAGCGGGAGGUGCUGCGGGUCCUUGCUGGGAAGGUCGUGGUCGGCCAUGCCAUCCACAACGACUUCAAGGCGCUCCAUUACUCCCACCCCAAAGCUCUCACCCGGGACACGUCCCAGAUCCCCCUGCUGAACCGCCGUGGUGGCUUCCCAGAGAACGUGUCCAUCUCCCUGAAGCGCCUCACCAAAGCACUGCUGAACCAGGACAUCCAGGUAGGGAAAAAAGGUCACUCCUCGGUGGAGGAUGCCCGAGCCACCAUGGAGCUCUACAAGGUGGUGGAGGAGGAAUGGGAGCAGCACCUGCUACAGAACAUGGAGCAGAAGUGACAUCCUGGGGGGUCAGAGUGACACCCCCAGCCCGGUCCUGCCUCUGGGGUGGGCUCACAGUGACAGCCCCAGCCCGGUCCUGCCUCUGGGGGUGCUCACAGUGAUGUCCCCAGGCCUAGUCCUGCCCCUCGAGGGUCCUGUGAGUGCUGAGGGGCUGCCUCAGUCCUUGGAUGAUGAGGAGCCAGGUGUGACGUCCCUCGUCCCCAAGCCUGAUGUGCCUUGUUGUGCUGCUGCUGUUCCUCCCUGGUCUCCCCAGGAUGUGGGGAGGGCCUGGGAUGGUGCCUGCCCCAAGAGGGGUCUCUGGGACCCUGCACCCCCCAAACACUUCGGGGCUACUCUUGGUCCUGAUCCGGGAGAGACAUUGGGGCAUCCUGAGCACAGCCCCCAUCACUGGGGCUUUGGGAAUGGAGCGGGCUCCUUCCUCUUCCCAAAACUACCUCUGUCAGCGCCGGGAACUGCCGAUAUGCCCCGGGACGCGGGUGGAACUCAGAUCCCUGUGGAAAGUCCCCACUCCGCUCUGGGAGCUGCUUUCGUUGGUGGUUAAGUUCCACCUUCCUCAUUGUGCAAGGGGCGGGACAAACCCGGC